CUGGCGACCCAGUGGCACCAGCAAAACCUAGGAGGUAUCGACCUGGAACAGUGGCUUUGCGCGAAAUCCGACAGUAUCAAAAGUCUACCAAUCUCCUUUUGCGAAAAUUACCAUUUUCACGCGUGGUUAGAGAAAUUGCCAUAGAGCUUAUGGAACCAGAUGCGAACGUAGGUUAUCGAUGGCAGUCAUCCGCAAUCUUGGCCCUUCAAGAAGCAAUUUAUGUGCAAUUCACGCUAAACGCGUCACAAUUAUGCAAAAGGACAUCCAACUUGCCCGAAGAAUUCGUGGCGUCUGGGGAG